UAUUUAUUUAUCUUUUCAAAAAAAGAAGAGAGAGAGAGAGAGAGAGAGAGAGAGAGAGAGAGAGAAAGAGCGUAAUGGAGGAUUUCGCUAAGGAUUGUAAGCGCAUAGGAAAGCGAAUUGAAGACAUUGAAUCCUCAAAGAAAAUGAAAUUUGAUUUAAAUUUUAGUUUUCAUGAAUUCAAGUUACCUUCACUGAGUUUUGAGUGCUUCAGCUUUUCCCCGGAUAACACCAUUUCACCGGCAACUUCUUCCAAUUCCGCGGGUUUUCUCUCCGGCGAUUUAUGCUCUGGCAACUCCACAUCUUCGCCCUGCUCGAGCAAUAAAUCCAGCUUGGUGGUGAAGGAUAGCUUGAGAUUUGUAGAUCUGGAGGCCAAGAGUUUUGAAACCGAAAGCUUAACGUGCUUAGGCAACAAAUUCAGCAGAGAGACCACACCUUCGAGCCAGUUUUACGGGGAUACAGACGACAUGGACUCGACGAGGGCAGAUGGAGGGAAGAAUUUCCGUAAAACGUUUCCGGUUGAGAAGGUUUCAAUGCCGACUCAGGCGGAGAUGGAUGAGUUCUUCGCGGAAGCAGAGAAGAAGGAGCAAAAACGAUUCGCAGAGAAGUACAACUAUGAUAUAGCGAAGGAUAUUCCCCUGGAAGGUCGAUACCAGUGGCUUCGUUUGAAGCCAUAGCAAGAAAGAGAGGCAGAGGGAGGAGAGAAGAUUUGCUAAGGUUACAAGAGGUAGCAUCUAGCAUGCACGUGAAUUUACCUAAUUUAGGAGAAUGUUUCUUAUUUUAAUGUACAGCUUUUAAUUUCUCCAAGUCUACAUAAGUAGCCAACCUCUAUGUUAUUCUCUUUGCAGUACGAAACGAAGUUUCUUCGG